CUUGUUUCUUUUUUUGGGUUGUCUUUUUUUUUCAAGCUCUUCAAAAGCACAUCUUGUAAUUUUUACUUGUAUCAAUAUUUAAUGGGGGGAAGGGGGUGAUAUCCAAUCAAUUCCAUGUUUCUCAUGAACAAUCAAGUGAAACUUUCAAACUCAACCCAGUUCAACUCGUAGACUCCAUAGAAUAACUGCCACUUGGACAUUCGAAAGUCUCCUUGAAAGGUUUAACAGACUAACUGACUGACUGAAGGAGGUUGGGGAAAGCCUGACAGGCCCAAGAAUGCUGGUGGCUCGAUCUCCCUUUCUGAAACACGAUCAGAAGUCUCAUUCCUUCCCUUUUUGUUAAUAGAAUCCACUGACUGACGAUAAGUUGACAUCAGGUAUUCCCUUGAAGAAACAAAAGAGGGAAAUGAAUGAGGGGGUUAAAAAAGAUCGCGUGAGAUAUGUUAUCACCGUUCUCCUUCUUCCCACUCCGGUCUUUUUUGCCCUGCUCGAUUACCUGAUCUCUCACAUGUAUGGUGACAUGGGACCGGCCUUUGAGACCUGGAAUUUCACAGGACCUAGUGCCUAAUAGGUAAUAGUACGUAUGAUCUUCUUUU